CGAGCGCGGUCUUAUCUUUAGGGUUUGCCGAGAUCGAGGGAUAGAAGGCGGAAAUUCCCCCGUACGCCGACCGACGUUUUGCCCUCCCUCGGAUCCGAGAGAUUUCUGCCCCUCUUUGGGUCUCCCGUCGAUUCGAUCAGCUCUUCGUUCUUCAGGUUCGGCUUCCACGGUUGAAUCAGAGCUAUUCCGUCUUUUCUCCUUUUUUAUGGUUUUUUAUGAGGAGGUACAGUUCACCUUACUACAGUCCUCCUAGGAGGGGCUAUGGUGGUAGAGGACGAAGUCCACCCAGGAGGGGUUAUGGUGGAUAUGGUGGGAAAGAACGGGGUAGUGGGAGUCUUUUGGUUCGAAAUAUUCCCAUGAAUUGUCGACCUGAGGAUCUCCGAGUUCCAUUUGAAAGAUUUGGUCCUGUACGUGAUGUUUAUAUACCAAAAGACUACUAUACCGGAGAUCCCCGUGGUUUUGCAUUUGUGGAGUUUGUUGACCCUUGUGAUGCUUCAGAGGCUCAAUAUCACAUGAAUAGACAACUUUUUGGAGGUAGGGAGAUAACUGUGGUUGUUGCUGCUGAGUCAAGAAAAAGACCUGAAGAAAUGCGUAAAAGAACUAGAACUAGAGGACCUUCUGGUUAUGAUCGUCGGCGAUCUUCUUAUCAUGGACGCUCACGUUCUCGAUCCAGAUCACGCUCACGCUCUCCCCGUUGUUCUUCAAGGGCCCGUCAUCACUCACGCAGAUCCUACUCCCCUGCAGCAAAAUCCCGCAAUGACUAUUCUUCCCCACAAAAAAGGCAAUCUAGUCAUGAAAGAUCCCCCAGGAAUCAUUCAAAGGAGCGCAAUGAGGAUGAAAAUCGCAAAUCAUAUUCUCCAAGCUAUAGUGAUGCUAACCGAAAUGAUGUUAAUGAUUAUGAAGCUAAGGCUUCACAUGAUGCCGAGGGAUCACGUUCUUAUUGGAGAUCCCCAAGGCGCUCAUCGGUUUCACCUCCCGGAUCACGAUCGAGAUCUGCUGAUUUGAGCCCCAGGCGCAACAGUGAAUGAGAGGUAGUUUAUGUUUUCUUGGUUGCAUUUCUGAAGUUGAAAUCAGAGAUCUGAAGGAUCAUGAUGCGCCUCGUUUCUUGCAUGUUAAGCAGAUGAUAAAACUCUUUCUUAGUUUGCUCUGUGGUUCUUGUCUCGAAUAUUUUGAAGGGGACAGUGAUGUGAAAGACUUCUGUAGCCAACUCAAUCCCUGUAAUUUGGACAAAUGAAAGACAUUAUGCUUGCUUGUUUCGUGCUUUCCAGUUAUAUUGUAAGAUAUUUUUUCAUGGGUUACUGUGGUUGACGAAAUGGAUCGUGUGAUUUCUUUCA